GUUCUUGUGCUGUUGUCUCUGAUGUAGUUUGCUGUAUUUGAGAGGUGUAUGGAGCUGAAGGUUCACGGUUUCGCGUGGUUGGAUGUGUAGUUUUGUUGUGAACUCGUCAUUCAUUAUGGAUUUUGGUAAAAUCAGAUAGAAAGGAAAGAAUGGAUUUUUUAUGAGGAUUUCGAUUGGUUUGAAUGUUUAGGAUGGGUUGCCCGAUUGUAGUUUGUUGCUAUCUUUGUGCUUGUGAGCUCAUGUAACUAGUAACGAGUGAAGGGGAAUGUCAUGCAUAGUCUUUUGGGUGCUGAAAAUUGAUUCAAUAUCGUAUAUUCAGGCUCUCUACUCGUAGUUUCCCUUCAUUUAUUGUUUGAACUAAGUUUGCAUGGUACAAUUUUGUUACUUGACGCCCCUUUGAAGACAUGAUAUGGUGAUAGACUGAUAGGUUGCUUAUGAAAUUGCAGUCUGAGGCAAGGUCUCUGACAAGCUGCAGUCUAGGGGAAGAAUAAGUCAAAUUUAGCACAUACUUUGGUGUAUAACUUAAUUUGUCUCGGCAAAGUUCCUAGAUAAUUUCGUAUUCUGCAAAGACAGUGCUUGAACAAUCCAGUAACUUGAUCUUCAGCCAGUCUUCAAUGUGCGUAGAAAGGAAGAAUGUAGUGUUUCUGAGAAGUUGGUCAAACGUGAAGGCCCAAUUUAACCCCGAAGACAGUUAAUGGAUAAAGUGAGAAGAGAACUUUGAUGCUAUCAAUGCGAGACAGUUGUGCUGAUAUAUUCAAGAGUUUUAGUAGAAGCUGCUUUAUCCAGAAAAAGAGGGAAAGAGAUGACAUAUGGUGUCCUGCUUUUGGGAACUUGUGACCACAAAUGCUCCCUUCAAACCAUUCUUAAAAUGUUGCUGAAGCCAAAACAGAGAACCUUCUUUGUCCAUGUCAUAUCCAUAGCCCUCAACCAUGUAUUUACAGUAUGCCAGUUGAACGUGAGGAAAUAAUUCUGGAGCUUCUCAGCUCUGUAGAUCAGCUUUAAAGAUACAUUGUUGAUAGAGGGGAUGGAACGCAGUAAGCCUGCCAAUGAAGGUGAAGCUGCUGGACCAGAUGGACUGAGGAAAUGCAAAUCUGAUUGUAAAGCUAUAGCAAGUGUUCUUGCCCCUCCAAAAGAUGUGGAGGACUUGCAAGUAGAAGGAUAUGGAAAUGUUAAUAUUUUCACAUACAACGAAUUGAGAGCAGCUACAAAAAACUUCCGACCAGACCAAAUUCUUGGGGAAGGUGGGUUUGGAGUUGUUUACAAAGGUGUAAUUGAUGAAAAUGUUAGAGCCGGUUUCCCAUCCAGGCAGGUUGCUGUGAAAGAACUAAACCCAGAGGGCUUUCAGGGAGAUAAGGAAUGGUUGGCAGAAGUCAACUAUCUUGGGCAACUUAGUCAUCCAAAUUUAGUCGAACUGAUUGGCUAUUGCUGUGAGGGUUCACAUAGACUGCUUGUCUAUGAGUACAUGGCUUGCGGGAGCCUUGAAAAGCACCUUUUUCGCCGGGUUUGCCUUAAUAUGCCUUGGUCAACGCGCGUGAAGAUCGCGUUAGGUGCCGCAAGGGGGCUUGAGUACCUUCACAGAGCCGAGAGAUCCAUCAUCUAUCGGGAUUUCAAGACAUCAAACAUCUUGUUAGAUGCGGAUUACAAUGCUAAGCUUUCAGACUUUGGUCUUGCAAGAACAGGACCUAGUGGAGACCAAACACAUGUGUCAACUCGGGUCAUGGGAACUUAUGGCUAUGCAGCUCCAGAAUAUGUCAUGACUGGCCAUCUGACCGCACGAAGUGAUGUUUACGGUUUUGGUGUCGUGCUUCUAGAGAUGAUUAUUGGAAGGAGGGCUGUGGACAAGAGCCGCCCGACUCGUGAGCAUAACCUAGUUGAGUGGGCACGCCCCCUCCUAGUUCACAAUCGGAAGCUGUUCAGGAUCAUUGAUCCAAGAAUGGAAGGGCAGUACUCCACUAAGGCUGCCAUUGAGGUGGCAAGUCUUGCAUACCGCUGCUUGAGCCAGAAUCCCAAAGGAAGACCAACCAUGAGCCAAGUUGUCGAGACCUUUGAGGCGGUGCAAAACAUGCCUGAAUGCCAAGACAUACUCCUCCAGAACUGUAUCACAGGUGCUGUGACGCUCUACGAGGUCCCGAAGGAGCCUACAGAGAGUGUUGAGACGGAGAAGGCCAAGCAGGAACCGGCAGUAAAAACUGAAGCUGUGGAACCUGUGAACGGAAAGCCAGCUCCGCAGAGCAGGAGAACACGGCCAGGGAAUGGCCGGAGCAAGAGCGAGCCGUCUUUGGAGUCCAAGCUGUACAUCCCGUCACCGGAUUCCGAUGGACAGCAGCCUGGCCUGGAGUUGUUAGCAUCCCCUUCCAGAAAUGGAAGUAAAAAGGACCCUCCUGACGAGGAUUUGUACAAGAUAUAACACGGAGCAGUUUUUCAUGACGAUUGAGCCUUUUGCACUCGCCUUUUGCACUGCCGUCCAUGUUCUUAAAGAUCAGUCAGUCAAUGUUAGUUCUCCCUGAUGGCGACGCAGGUUUCUUGUUCAUCCGAUUAGCAAUUGUAUGUAGAGGAGAGUUGUGGAAAGCAUGUAAUGCGAAUGCUUUCUGCCAUGACGGCGUUAUAUAAACCUGAGACGGCUCUUUCUGGGAAGAUUUCCACACCAAAAAUGGAAGUGGAGAAAUGUGUCCUGACAGUCGUGCCGUUGCCCGUGUGUUUGUAAAGAUGCUUGUUCCCUUGUAAACUUGAACAGUUCUUCGGGAAAUCAACACCCGGAUGGAAAUUGAGAGAUACGUUAGUGUC